UGUUAGCACCCAGCAUGAUAGUGGCCACCAGCAAGUUAGGAGGAGAGGCCUCAGAAGGAAACUUGUCUUGCCAGCACCUCGAUCUUGGACUUCCCAGCCUCCAGAACUUGAGAAAUGACCUUGAUGCAGACAGGAUAUGUGGCUAUGGGACUUCUCGCUGCCGGAGGUAUUGUAAAAGGCAAGAAAUCAGAAUUGGAAGAUGCCCCAACACCUAUCCAUGCUGUUUGAAAAAGUGGAGAGACAGCUCAUUGAACCCCAUGAAAGACAAAAACCCGGAGGAGCCUGGUCCCUAGAAUCGCCAACAGCUGGAACUCUGAGCCUUCUCUUUUCAAGGCCUUUCAGCUAGAAAGUCCCCAGUGGAACCGUCCAUCCAAUGAAGUGAGUACUUGCCCAGAGCUUCCACUCAAUGCGGAGCCAAAGUAGGAGCAUGCAACAGGCACAGGGCCUGGCCUGUUGAGGGGGAACAACAGUGUGGGUUACGUGAGAGUCUCAACACUUUAAAAAAUGAGCCAAAAAACAUAUCCAGCCAGCCACAAGUCUAAGUGAACAUUGUUUUAUUUUUUGCCUGGCCUAUAUCAAUUGAUCUUGAUAACAUUGGUUUUCUUUUCUGGUAAGAAGUUCUGCUUAACGGUUAUGUGUAUUAUAUUAAUUAAAAUGGAAUAAAUCAAUAUUAAGUGCAAUAUGAUUGGCUUACACACUAAUUCAAAACAUAGACUUAACGGGAGAAAUACAAAGGAGAUGGUGUGAGAAGGGCUGCCCCACGUGGAUGUCUAUGAAAGAUCUCAUCAGCAGAUGGCAGCAGAGAGCCGAGGUACCACUAGGUGGCGCUGGGUGGAUGCGUCCAGACUCCUUAUCUGAAAACUGGUAAAGUAAGGGAAGUAAUAAAACAUUUGAAGUAGCUUUCCGGCCCAAAUUAUACUUCAAGGAGGAGUCCAGCUAAUAAAUGAAGGAGGAGCGAUAGAAGAUCACGUUUUUGAAAACCCAGGGGAGGAAGGAUCUUGCCAAUCAAUGUCAGUAGCCCCUAAAAUAAACAAGAACAACAACCUGAUGUUAUAUGCCUCCUAGUAGAGGUACCAUCCAUGAGCUGUUAGGCUGGAUUGUGCCCUUUUGGCCAAAAAUAAGACACCUGACUUCAAUAUGUGCUUCAUCUUGUUUCAUCCUUUGAUAAGCUCCCCUUCCUGGGUUAUUUCCUGAAACACUCAAGAUGUCCUAUCACUUUAUCAGAAAAUAUUUUGAAAUAUAUUACUCAAAGAAAA